UGUACGAUGAGUGCCGAGCAGAUGGAAACAGGAGAAGAAGAACUGCUGAGGGAUGAGGACUUUUUCAGGAGGAAUGCUCAAAUUAUUAUUGAGGAAAUGGUUGAACUGAAUACCAUCUCUUCAGAACAUACUACAUUGUAUGUGGAUGAGUUUCUACACAGUAUCUUUUUUUUGGGAAAGAUCAAGAAUUCCCCCAAAUAUACCCCCCAAAUGAUUGUGGGUGAUGAUGAAAUGUAUGAUGCGCUGAAGGAGGACUACCCCCGGGCUUUUGACCUUUAUUCUUCUCAACUGCCCAAGCGGAGUCCACUUUCAUGUGUGCUAGACAUGAUUGUCCACCUGGAAGGACAACAAAAUGAAGACCUGAUAAUAAAGACACUGCAACAGCUCAUCUGUCGACUGAAGGAGGAUAAGAGAGAUGAACUGGUCUCCUCUACCAUCUGUGUCUCUCAGAAGUCCAACAUCCCAAAUUCAGACAGAUACUAUGGAGUCUCCAUGUCCACUUCUGGACGGGAAGCGGGGCAAAUUGUCAUUGCUGCCUCCUGUCUUAGUAUCUGGGAUGAUUAUGUAGCUGGUGCAGUGAUGACCUACUAUCCAGAGAAGGUCAAGAAGAAGUAUUUUGAUGGAACCAUCAAACUUUCAGAGGAUGUCAGGUGCCAGGCGUUCAGCCUCUGUAAAGGAGGGCCAAUGCUUCCUUGCAUAUCAUGCGCAAAUUUGUUUGGUUUGAUGAAAUCUGAAAAUAAAGAGUGGGCUUAUGGCAACUGCGCUGAAGCAGAAAGUUUGAGCAACUUACUCAAACAGGAGGAAAAUGUUAAAAAGAAAGCACGACCAACAUCUACACUGUGGACAGAAAAGAACAGGCAGAGAGCUACAGAACGUGUUAUGAAAUAUCUUAGGCGUACACUGCUUGCCAUAGAAUUUCAAUGGGAUGAUAAUUUUUACACCCCACAAAUGGAAGAUAUUUAAAAAGGGGAAAUAAUGAAGAAAUGAAAUGGCUAUGUUCUUUUAUCAUAUGGUGGCUUUAAAUAUAUAUUACUUUCUGGUUAUUGUACUGAUCAUGUUGUUAUAAUGAAAUCAAACUAUGAUGCUUUGUUUUGUGCUUGGUUUUGUUCUGCUUGUGUUGUUUUCUCUCCUUACUUUGUUGUAUUUUAGGAAGCCUUUUAAACACCAUGGCCAGGGGGCUACAGAUAAAAAGCGUCUAAAAAAGUAAUUUUUUAAAAACUCAUGUAUUACCAUGUGUUUUCUUAAUUUGCGCUGUCCUUUCUUAAAUAAACUAAACUGAACUAAACUAAAAUGCAUGAUUAUUUUAAUAUUUAGCCAGUAUAUACAGGUA